CAAAUGCGCAUGAUCAUUAGUAACGUUGGUACUGUGUGUGUGUGUGUGUGUGUGUGUGUGUGUGCGUGCGUGCGUGUGUGUGUGUGUGUAUUAGCGCGCCUGCCUGCCUACCUUACUGCUUGCUCAGCCUUAAAUUUCUAUAUAUAUUUGUCAAAAACCUAGAGGGUGAUUACCGGACUGUAACAAAUCACAUUUAGCAUGUCGACAAAUAAAUCAAAGAAAGUGAAAAUGGCCACUAAAUCAUGUCCUGACUGUGAUCAACAGAUUCCAGUAGCCUGCAAGUCUUGUCACUGUGGCUAUGUGUUUAUUAGCCGAAAACUCCUAAAUGCUAAACAGGCUGAGAGAUCAUCAACCACAUUGGAUAGGCUAGAUGCUAAAAGGAGGAGGACAGAAAGAAUACAAGCAGAGAAGAUUAGUUCGACCUCAGCCAAUCACAAAGAGCAGAGAAGGCAGUCCCGCUCAAACAGCCAAUGUGAGCAGGUCCGAAGAGGGAGGGGACGGCCCAAAACCAUUGCACACAAGAAGCAAGAGGAAGAGAGAGAAAAGCAAGACAAGGACAUUGAUAUUUAUGCUAGUCUCUCAGAUGAGAAAGCUUUUGUGUUUUCAGUGGCUUUGGCAGAGAUCAAUAGGAAGAUCCUUGGUCAGAGAUUGAUUUUAUAAUGGGGUUGAUUUUGACAGUGAUAUGCUACUCAUGAGUUACAAGAGCUGAAAAUGACUGCAAUGGACCAGUACUGAAGUAAUACGUGAACUUUGAGUAAGUCAGGGCUUGUCAAUGUCUGCCAACCAUGGUACUGUCUGCAUGUGACAUUCCAAGUUUCUUGGAUGGAUGGAUGGAUUUUCAGUACCACUUAUCUAGUACAAGGCAUAUUGUGUAUAAAUGCAUUUUUAAAAAGUAACAUAAAAAUAGAAUUUAAAAGCAAAUUAACAUAGAUAAUCAAAGAAAGAUUACAUUUUGAUUUGUUUUAUGUACAGUGGACAGUUUUUAUUGUAUUAAUUUAUUAGGCAAAAACAUUAAUAAAUGGAUAUUUAAUAGUUUUUUGUAUUUCAUUUUAAUUGCAAUACAACUUCAGAUGUGUAAAGCUGUUACUUUUGUGGAAUAAUCUGCUUUGCACUCAAAUAAAAAUGUUGAGGACUAAA